GGGGCGCUGGCGAACCGGCUCACCCCGCGCAGCACUAGGAAGUGCACAGAGCGGCGGCGGCCCCGCGGCGCGCGCUCCCUGCCUACCCAGCGGCCCGGGCACGAGCCCGGCAGGUGGGUCGUAGUGCCUAUGUAACCCUUGCUGCCCGCGGGACGCCGGACAGCCGGCUCUGCAGCCCGCCUGUGUCGCUAGGAAGGGCCUUCCAGGCGUUGGGGAGCUGCCGAGGUCUGGAAACCCCUCAGGUCUCCUCGGUUGGCCAGAGUGGGGACUCCAGCGAGUCCUACCUCUCGACGCAUGGUCCCGCUCCUCGCUUUGGGAAGAAGGAUCCGGAAUACAGUUCAGAAACUAGGAGUCCCGACUGGGUGCUGUCAGGAGGUGCUGGGGCUGGACCGUCAUGGGGGAGCCAAGUAGAGAGGAAUAUAAAAUCCAGUCUUUUGAUGCAGAGACCCAGCAGUUGUUGAAGACAGCACUCAAAGAUCCAGGCGCUGUGGACUUGGAGAAAGUGGCCAAUGUGAUUGUGGACCAUUCUCUGCAGGACUGUGUGUUCAGCAAGGAAGCAGGACGCAUGUGCUACGCCAUCAUUCAGGCAGAGAGUAAACAAGCAGGCCAGAGUGUCUUCCGUCGUGGACUCCUCAACCGGCUACAGCAAGAAUACCAGGCUCGGGAGCAGCUGAGAGCACGCUCCCUGCAGGGCUGGGUCUGCUAUGUUACCUUUAUCUGCAACAUCUUUGACUACCUCAGGGUGAACAACAUGCCUAUGAUGGCCCUGGUGAACCCCGUCUAUGACUGCCUCUUCCGGCUCGCCCAGCCUGACAGUCUGAGCAAAGAGGAGGAGGUGGACUGCUUGGUACUGCAGCUGCACCGUGUUGGGGAGCAGCUAGAGAAGAUGAAUGGGCAGCGCAUGGAUGAGCUCUUUGUCCUGAUCCGCGAUGGUUUCCUUCUUCCAACUGGCCUCAGCUCCCUGGCUCAGCUGCUGCUGCUGGAGAUCAUUGAGUUCCGGGCGGCCGGCUGGAAGACGACCCCAGCUGCUCACAAGUAUUACUACAGCGAGGUCUCAGACUAGCCUGGAUACAGGCUUCCUCACCUGCAGCUGCCUUUCUAUCCACCUCCCAAGCUUACAGUGGAAUCUCUCUCUCCCAAAGACUUCCCCUUUCAGUCUUCCAGCAUUUUCCCUUGUAGACUUCCUCAACUCUAGCGAGAUAUUCCCCACUUAUGCUUUGGUU